AGGGGCUUGCUGCAUUACAGGACUGAUUGCAGGACUUCUAAGAUUCAUCUUUCAAUUGGAGGGGUGAGGUCAAAAUAGCAGAUUUAUCAUGGGUGUGCAGGUAUCUCGCAUCGCUAGGUGCCAGGUUUUAUCACGACAUUGUCUCAAUCGAAUAUUUGUGGCCUCGGUUGAACUGAAAGUGGAUACGAUAUUCCAAGAUAAACCCCACUAGGGCCCUCAUCGUGCUUCGAUCGAAUGCUUUAAACCAGCAGUGGUUCAAUAAUAACUUGUCCGCUUGUGUCAUGUCUAUCAAAACAAAGUAAAUAUUUAUUUCUCAGUUGUUGACGGAUGACCAAUUAGCGUAUAUAAAUAAAGGGAAGAAAGAUCACCAACAUUGGAUUCCAUUUGCUUCAAGAUAAAUGCAGGAAACAUGUCAGGUAAAAUACUCAACAAAAUGGCUCUUUCAACUUCAAAGGCUGAAUAUUUGGACACAGAAAGAUUUGAAGCAGAGGAUCAACCAGCAAAAAAGCUCAAUGAUUAUCUCACAGAGACUAGACCAUGGUACAAGGUUCCACACCUUCGUGCCUUGGCUUUCCAUGUCUUUGUUGUUACGCUGUCUGCUACAAACAACGGUUUCGAUGGUUCCAUGUUGAAUGCACUUCAGUCCUUGGUUUACUGGAGAAAAUAUAUGGGAUAUCCUUCAGGUUAUAUUCUUGGUGCCUUAAGCGCCGCUCCUGCUUUUGGUGCAAUCAGUUCUUUCUUGUUUUCACCUUAUCUCGCGGACAGAUAUGGCAGAAGAUUUGUCUUGGUUGCUGGUCAAUUUAUUGCUCUGAUUGGAGCUAUCCUACAAGGAGUCUCGAAUAGCUAUGCAUUUUUCUUUGUCUCCCGUUUCAUCAUUGGUUUUGGAGGUGGUAUUUCUGGUGUUGGUGGGCCAGCACUGAUUGCUGAAAUCUCUUACCCAACACAUAGAGAGGUGUGCACCUUUGCGUUGAACAUUUGUUGGUACCUUGGUGCGAUCCUUGCGGCAGUCAUCACGUAUUUCACUAGGAACAUCGAGUCAAGCUACUCAUGGAGAAUUCCCUCUUUCCUUCAAGGAUUUUUCCCAGUGGUUCAGAUUAUUCUAAUGUAUUGGGUUCCUGAAUCACCUCGUUACUUUGUUGCGAAGGGUAACAUCCCAAGGGCUAGACAAAUCUUAUCAAAGAUCCAUACUGGAAACUCAACUGACCCUAAAGAUCUUGAAUUAGUUGAGUAUGAGAUAAGUGAGAUUGAAGCUGCACUGGAAGCUGAAAAGAGUGCAGGAGCAAAUUCUCGUUAUUCUGAUUUCUUUAAAAGAAAGAGUUACAGAAAAAGAUUAUUCUUAGUAAUCUUCACUUCAACUAUGACUCAACUUUCAGGCAAUGCACUCUUCUCGUACUAUUUGAGCCCUGUUCUAGAUUCCAUUGGAAUAACCGAUUCUUCGAGACAACUGUUGAUUAACAUGUGUCUCACAAUAUUCAACUUUGCUGUUUCUGCUGCUGUUUGUUCUGUUUGCUGGUACUUCAGAAGAAGAACCUUGUUCAACACGUGUGUUUUCGGUAUGCUUUUCACCUACGUUGUCUGGACAGCUUUGUCUGCUGUCAGCUAUAAAAGACAGUUCCAGGAUCAAGCUGUCUCUAGAGGUGUUCUUGCCAUGAUAUUUUUGUAUUACCUGUUCUAUGAUAUUGGAGCCAAUGGACUUCCAAACCUCUACAUGACCGAGAUUUUACCAUAUUCUCAUAGAUCAAAGGGUAUUGUCAUUUUCCAGCUUUGGACUGCUGUUAUUGCACUUGGAAAUGCCUUCGGAAAUCCAAGUGCUAUUAUCCACCUCGCCUGGAAGUACUACAUUGUCUAUUGCUGUGUCCUGGCCGUUGAAUGUGUUGUUUUCUAUUUCUUCUACCCAGAAACAUCAGGGCGUUCUCUUGAAGAAGUUGCUGAAGUGUUUGGUGACUACAUCGAGCCUAUCAACAGAUCUUCUCAAGUUGAAGAGGUUUAUUCAAUUGAAUCAAAUGGCAAGCCAAACGUUGAACACAUAGAUAAUAAGUGAUAAGCCUUCUAAAAUGGGUUUUUUAUCUAUUUUUACUUGUUGUGCGUAAUAACAACGUCAAUUUCAGGUUAUCAGAAGGAAAAUAUCAUUAAAUAUUGUAAAGCCUUGGCUCUUGAAUUACCGUGGCAUUUCUCAGAGUUUACUCUGAACAUUUGGAGGGUACUACCUAAUUAUUUUCACUUUUAUUGGACAAUCGCAUAAUAACAAUGGC